UACAGUGUGUCAUUGUCUCACGAAAAUAUAUUAAACAGGAUCGUCGUGGCGAAUGCUCGGUCAGCAAUUCACUGGGAAAAUAAUCAUCCACGUGUACGGCCACGGAGUGGCUGAACGAAUCACCCAAUAACGCAGACCUAUAUAACUAAACGCUCUGUCUUCACAAACUCCUAGACGCUUGAAAUUCAGCAACAACAGCAGCAAAGAAAAUAACACGACCAACUAAUGGCGGAAAAAUCGUUCAAAUAUGUCAUCAUCGGCGGUGGUGUUUCAGCUGGAUAUGCUGCCCGCGAGUUUGCAAACCAAGGAGUUAAGAAAGGAGAGCUGGCAAUUAUCACCAAAGAGGCGGUGGCUCCAUAUGAACGUCCUGCACUAAGCAAGGGAUACUUGUUUCCCGAGGGGGCUGCUAGGCUCCCUGGGUUCCAUACAUGUGUUGGAAGUGGAGGGGAGAAACUGCUUCCCGAGUGGUAUGCUGGUAAAGGAAUAACAUUAUUUCUUAGCACGGAUAUAGUGAAAGCAGACCUUGCUUCAAAAACUCUAGUCAGUGCGGCUGGAGAUACCUUUAAAUAUGAGUCUCUCAUAAUUGCAACUGGUUCCACAGUACUGAGAUUAACAGAUUUUGGUGUACAAGGGGCUGAUUCAAAAAACAUUUUAUACUUAAGAGAAAUUGAUGAUGCUGAUAAGCUUGUGGAAACCAUUAAGGCUAAGAAAAAUGGAAAGGUUGUCAUCGUUGGCGGAGGAUAUAUCGGUCUUGAGCUUAGUGCAGUCAUGAAGCUUAAUAAUUUGGAUGUCACAAUGGUUUACCCAGAACCAUGGUGCAUGCCCCGCCUUUUCACUGCUGACAUUGCUGCAUUCUAUGAGGAGUAUUAUAAAAACAAGGGAGUGAAAAUAAUUAAAGGAACAGUAGCAGUUGGAUUUAAUAGCAACGAUAAUGGGGAGGUGAAGGAAGUGAAGCUUAAGGAUGGUAGGGUGUUGGAAGCGGACAUUGUUGUUGUUGGUGUUGGGGCAAGACCACUCACGACACUCUUUAAGGGUCAAGUUGAAGAGGAUAAAGGUGGAAUAAAGGCUGAUGCAUUCUUCAAGACAAGUGUUGCUAAUGUAUAUGCUGUUGGUGAUGUUGCAACUUUCCCCAUGAAAAUGUACAAUGAUAUUAGAAGAGUUGAGCAUGUUGAUCAUGCGCGUAAAUCUGCUGAACAGGCAGUAAAGGCAAUUUUUGCAAGUGAACAGGGAAAAACAAUCGAGGAAUAUGACUACCUUCCAAUGUUUUACUCGCGUUCUUUUAACCUGUCAUGGCAAUUCUAUGGUGAUAAUGUUGGCGAUGCUGUAAUCUUUGGCGACAACAGUCCAAAAUCAGAUAACCCCAAGUUUGGGUCAUACUGGAUCAAGGAUGGAAAGGUUGUGGGUGCAUUUUUGGAGGGUGGUUCUCCUGAUGAGAACAAGGCUAUCGCCAAAGUGGCAAGGGUGCAACCUGCGGCAGACAGUCUGGAUGUAUUGGCAAAGGAAGGCCUCGCAUUUGCUUCGAAGAUUUAAAAUUUGAAAUUUUAAGACCGAGCAAGUUUACUAAAAUUAUUUGUCUGCCCUUGAUUUUCAAUAUGUUACACUGUUUGCUUUCUAGAUUUCUCAAGGACAAAGUACUUGCACUUGUAAUUGACUUCAGCAUUGAUACUAUUGGUUUGUACAAAUAAUAAUUAUCAUAAAAACUAAAGGCAUUGUAUCGAUUUUACUCUUA